UGGCAGCGGUGGCUGAGAGCGCAGCGCGCAGCCCGGUGCAGCCCUGGCUUUCCCCUCGCCGCACGCCCGCGCCCCCUUCAGUGUCCGCAACCAGAAGCCCAGCGCGGCGCCCGGAGCCGGAUCUGCGCCUGCACCUCUCCCUGGACCGCGCCCCCGACCGCCCCGCGAUGACCGCGACCGGAGCCCUCCUGCCCGUCCUGUUGCUCCUGCUGGCUUUCGGCCACAGCUCUUCUGGGGCUGAAUGCUUCCCGGCCUGUGACCCCCUAAAUGGAGUCUGCGAGGAUCACAUCUGCAGGUGCCAGCCUGGCUGGCAAGGCCCCCUGUGUGACCAGUGCGUGACCUCUCCCGGAUGCGUGAACGGAUUCUGUGAGGAGCCCUGGCAGUGCCUCUGCCAGGAGGGCUGGGACGGAAAGCUGUGCGACACAGAUGUCCGGGCCUGCACCUCUGGCCCCUGCGCCAACAACGGCACCUGCGUGAACCUGGAUGACGGCCGGUACGAGUGUUCCUGCAUCCCCGGCUACUCGGGCCAGGACUGCCAGCAGAAGGCUGGACCCUGCGUGGUCAACGGUUCCCCCUGCCAGCACGGCGGCACCUGUGUGGACGACGAGGGCCGGGCCUCCCAUGCCUCCUGCCUGUGCCCUCCUGGCUUCUCAGGCAACUUCUGCGAGAUUGUGGCCAACAGCUGCACCCCCAACCCGUGCGAGAACGACGGUGUGUGCACCGACAUCGGGGGCGACUUCCGCUGCCGCUGCCCGGCUGGCUUCGUCGACAAGACCUGCAGCCGCCCAGUGACCAACUGUGCCAGCCAGCCCUGCCAGAAUGGGGGUACCUGCCUGCAGCACACCCAGGUGAGCUACGAGUGUCUCUGCCAGGCCGAGUUCACGGGCCCCACCUGUGCCAAGAAGCGCGCGCCGAACCCCCAGCAGGUCACCCGCCUGCCCAGUGGCCAGGGGCUCACCUACCGCCUGAGUCCCGGGGUGCCGGAGCUGCCCGUGUCGCAGCCCGAGCACCGCACCCUCAAGGUGUCCAUGAAAGAGCUCAACAAGAGUACCCCUCUCCUCACCGAGGGCCAGGCCAUCUGCUUCACUGUCCUGGGUGUGCUCACCAGCCUGGUGGUGCUGGGCACCGUGGGCAUCAUCUUCCUCAACAAGUGCGAGACCUGGGUGUCCAAUCUGCGCUGCCACCACAUGCUGCGCAAGAAGAAGAACCUGCUGCUGCAGUACAACAGCGGCGAGGACCUGGCGGUCAACAUCAUCAUCCCGGAGAAGAUCGACAUGGCCACCUUCAGCAAGGAGGCCAGCGAGGAGGAGAUCUGAGCGGCCGCGUCCCUGUGGGCCCCCUCCCGUGCGCGGGGUUCCGCGGAGCCCACUCUAUGCGGUCGGUCCUCAUCCUCGUGGUGGAGUUUGCCAUCUUGUGUGUGGAGUCCGGUGAACGCUACGCUUACAUUUAUUGUCUGUGUGUGGCUGUGUGACAAACGCACCUGCUAAGAGAAUCCUCCCUCCUCAUGCAUGACUCCCCCACCCACCACCCUACGAGAAUAAUAAGAAUUUCAUCUUUAAA